CUCCUCCUCCUCACCUCACCUCUCUCCCCUCUCCCGCCUCCACCACCCCCAAUCCUCCCGCCCCAUCGCGCGGAGCCGCUGCGGUCCUAUCCUAGGGUUACGUCGUCAAGCUCCGCCCCGCGCGCGGAUUCCGCGAACCUAGCUCGCUCGUCGCGCGCGUCGGAAGGGCGCCGUCGCGUUCGGGAGCCGCGGUGGCGGCGGCAUAGGCCGGCAAUGGUCGGGUCGGGGUCGAAGCAUGCCGCGGGCGGGAGCGGCCUCGGCGGCGGAGGGGAGAGGCGCAAGUACCCGAUCCGCGCCGAGGACUACGAGCUGUACGAGGAGAUCGGGCAGGGCGUCAGCGCCAUCGUCUACCGCGCGCUCUGCAGGCCGCUCGGCGAGACCGUCGCCGUCAAGGUGCUCGACUUCGAGCGCACCAACAGCAACCUGAACAAUAUCAUGCGUGAAGCCCAGACAAUGAUUCUUAUAGACCAUCCUAAUGUUGUUAAGGCGAUCUGUUCAUUUGCAAAUAACCAAACGUUAUGGGUAGUUAUGCCGUACAUGGCUGGAGGAUCUUGUCUUCACAUAAUGAAAUCAGUCUAUCCGGAUGGUUUCGAGGAAGCUGUCAUUGCAACACUGCUCCGUGAAGUUCUAAGAGGAUUGGAAUAUCUUCAUCAUCAUGGGCAUAUACAUCGUGAUGUCAAGGCGGGAAAUAUCCUAGUUGAUUCUCGUGGUGGAGUUAAGCUUGGAGAUUUUGGGGUUUCUGCUUGCCUUUUUGAAUCUGGUGACAGACAGCGGGCUAGAAACACUUUCGUGGGAACUCCUUGCUGGAUGGCACCAGAGGUAAUGGAGCAACUACAUGGAUAUGAUUUCAAGGCAGACAUAUGGUCCUUUGGAAUUACCGCACUUGAACUUGCCCAUGGUCACGCUCCUUUCUCAAAGUACCCUCCCAUGAAGGUCUUGCUUAUGACACUUCAAAAUGCUCCCCCCGGUCUUGAUUAUGAAAGAGAUAAGAAAUUCUCAAGGCACUUCAAGCAAAUGGUAGCUAUGUGUUUGGUAAAAGAGCCUUCAAAAAGGCCGACUGCAACAAAAUUGCUCAAGCAAUCCUUUUUCAAGCAAGCUCGUUCCCAUGAUUACAUUGUUCGAAAGCUUUUGGAGGGAUUGCCUGGCCUUGGCGCUAGAUAUCAAGCUUUGAAGGAAAAGGAUGAACAUUUACUUGCUCAAAAGAAAAUGCCUGAUGGUAGAAAGGAAGAAAUCUCGCAGGUUUUGCUUGUUCUGAGUUGCCCGCUACUUCAAGACAUGACGUUAGAUUGUGGAGUGCCAGCACUCCACUAUAGAGGCUCAUUGAUACCAAUGGAGUUUGCUGCACCUUUGGAGCUAAGGAAACUAUCGAUUGAGUUAUUACCUUGCCAUUCUGCUCUAGGAUUCAUCUUCAAUGAACUCCCAGCAACUCUCCCACGUCUUGAGAUGCUCUCAUUAAGUUGCACACAACUUGAGGGGGUUGAUUCAGUGAGCAGGCUUUCCAAAUUUCGUUCUCUGCAUCAUUUGAUAUUAAACUGGACUAUUUCUGACUCUGCACGCGGGACAACUGAUAUCCUCGACCUUGGUUGUCUCCUAGAGGCUGCCCCUUCCAUGGAGAAACUAGAAUUGCAUAUGGUAACGGACCAUUUCCUACACAAGCGGUACCGUCAAGAAGACGGCGAGCUGAGGAGUCUCCCUUCAUGCCCGCACUCACAUCUCAGUUUGGUGCAUAUAAGCGGAUUCAUCGGCGAGAAAGAUCAACUGGAGCUGGCGCUUCAUAUUAUCCACAAUGCUACUGUUCUCGAAGCAUUGAAGAUUGAUCCAUGGCCGAGAACAGCUAACCCUGUACGAGCGCGCGUCAAGUCGGAAAACCGUCUUGCCAAUGGUCGGAGUGUUGCAUUGGAAUUUCUUUGCAAAGAUGACCACCGCAGUGUCGUCAGCGUACUUGAAGAUGUGGGGGAGUAGUUAGUCACUGCUUUCCAUUUGGCCUGCGUAAAUGUAUUUACUUCCUCCUUCCAUAUAUAUAGGGCCUAAUACAUUUUUUGAGGUGGCCUUUGACUAUUUGAUAAGAUUAAUAAUAUAUGAGAUGUAUCAUUCGAAAAUUA